AGCUGUGUUAUUUGUGUUUAUGUGCAAUGUAGAAGUCGCUAGUUUUUCUUAAGACCAAUAUAUACCUGAUUUCCCGUUUGAUUAUUUUAAACUAUCGCAGUCGGCGCCGAAACUCAAAACACAGGGAACUCGGUUUCCAUGUGGGUUACUAGGGAAAGUGAGCGGAAGUGCGUCCCCCUAAGUUCCCGCCUACUGUGGCAAAUAUGAAAUAUGAUUGGAUUCUGUGAAAACAUGUGAAAAUGUAAUUGGCUGAGAUCAACUAGCCUUUUCCUGUGUGUUUCAUUUGAUUUGUCGUAGUGAAACAACAAGAAACACGUUACAAAUUAAUUAUAUGUUUCACUGUGCGUGGGUACAAUCAUAGAAAUAUUUCAACUGACAUUCAUAUUUUUGCUAAAAUUCAAGUGUCACUGUUUGAGAAUGAUUGAUUUUAUACUUUUAUUUUAUUUUGUUUACUUGCAAAAGAGGUUCCGGUUUAGCUUGUUUUCCGAGGGUGAAGUUCGCUGAUAUCUGGGAAGACGUUUCUUUCAGUAGAAAAGUUGUUUGUAGCCAGUUACAUUAAAAUGUUUUUAUUGUAAAUAUACUAUAUUAAGUAACGCGGCGUGGUGAGUUCAGGGUCCGAUUCAGAGUGAAGGAAAACGCGCAUGUUAGAUAACACCAUCUCCAGACCGUGGAGAAAAUGACAGAGUCACCAGAUAGUCGGGCUAAAACUCUGAACUUCAAUGUCGGGGUGCUCGGCCAUGUGGACAGUGGGAAGACCUCGCUGGCCAGAGCGCUGAGCAGCACAGCCUCCACGGCAGCCUUCGACAAGAACCCGCAGUCACGUGAAAGGGGCAUCACGCUGGACCUAGGCUUCUCCUCCUUCACCGUGGAUUGUCCUGAUCACCUGCGUGACAACGAAGGACAACAACAAUAUGACAGCCUCCAGUUCACCCUGGUGGACUGUCCGGGACACGCCUCUCUCAUUCGGACCAUCAUUGGAGGUGCGCAAAUCAUCGACCUGAUGAUGCUGGUGGUGGACGUGGUGAAAGGCGUGCAGACUCAGACUGCAGAGUGUCUGCUGAUAGGAGAACUGACCUGCCCCCGCAUGGUCGUCGUCCUGAACAAGAUCGACCUGCUGCCGCCUAACAAGAGGCAAAGUGCCAUUGAGAAAAUGACCAAAAGGCUACACAAAACACUGGAGAGCACCAGGUUCAAGGAAUGUCCGGUGAUUGCGGUGGCAGCGAAGCCUGGAGGCCCAGAGGCCCCUGAACUAGAGGAGCCACAGGGAGUGCCAGAGCUAAUUGAGCUUUUGAAGAAACAGACGUACCUCCCCAAGAGGGACGCUAAAGGUGACCUUCUUAUGGCUGUGGAUCACUGCUUCUCCAUCCGCGGUCAGGGAACGGUCAUGACUGGGACCAUCCUGCAGGGAUCACUGGCCAUUAACGACACAGUGGAAAUCCCAGUGCUAAAGGUGACCAAGAAAAUAAAGUCGGUGCAGAUGUUUCGGAAGCCGGUGUCGGGGGCCAUGCAGGGGGACCGCGUGGGUGUGUGCGUGACACAGUUCGACCCUAAACUGCUGGAGCGCGGCUUGGUGUGCACUCCGGGUUCCCUGCGCACCCUCUACGCAGCCAUCAUCUCCACCAGGAAGAUCGGAUACUUUAAGGGUUCUCUCGCCACCCGGGCCAAGUUCCACAUCACGGUGGGUCACGAGACGGUCAUGGCGAAGGUGACCUUCUUUGGCUUACCCCCUGCCGACACCGAACCGACUCCGUCGGAGCCGUCCUCACUGGAAACACCCUUCACCUUUGACAGGGAGUAUUCCUACCAGGACGAGUACGUUAGCAGACAGAAAGAAGCGGCUUCAGGGCCCGACCCAGAACAGUGGGCUUUAUUGGAGUUUGAGCGUCCCGUCACGUGUCCUGCACUCUGCCUGGUGAUCGGCUCCAAGCUGGACACGGAUAUCCACGCCAACGCGUGUCGGCUGGCCUUCCAAGGCUGCUUGCUGCACGGGUUUGAAGACAAAAGCUACGCCGAGACUUCUCUGCCUCAGCUACGCAUCUUCAAGACCAAACACAAGGAGGGACAGGUGGAGAGGGUGACCGAUGAUUACUCCGUGAUCGGCCGCAGUCUGUUCAAAAAGGAGACCAACCUCCAACUCUUUGUGGGGUUAAAGGUCAGUCUGUCGACAGGGGAGAGUGGCGUUAUCGAGGGCGGCUUCGGACAGAGCGGGAAGUUCAAGAUCCGUAUUCAAGUCCACUUUCAGUGUUUUGGGGCUCAGCAGACGGUUUUCAGGAUGUGGUAAGAGCGGCAAGCCCGACAUCCCGAGCCACAUUCCCAGCAUUCCUCUGGGGAUGGCCUGUGUUCCGGGGGAAGUCUGAUCAGUGUUUAUUUUACCUUCUGUUGCUCAAAACCCACGAACGACUCCGCACCGGGAGGGAAGAGAAAACAAAAACAUUUUAGAAACAGAACCAGGCCGACAUCCUCCUCGCCGCCUUGUUCCUGCAUCCUCAAACGUCUCAGAUUUAUCGACGUGCGCAGUAUGCUCAGGCGGGAGCAUAAUGUGGACAUUCAGCGGCGUCUCCAUGAGGCUGUCAGUUUGGAUUUAGAUGCAUCUGUGCAGAGCUGUGCUUCCUGCCAGUCGCUUUCUGUUGAAUUUAUAAUGUGUCGUUCUUCAGACGAGUAAGGAACUGAUUUUAAACGUGUCUGGUUCCUGUUGCUGGCUUCAGCUCCUCACACCAACCUUACUUCCAAACCUGCAAAGUAAUGGUUUCGUUUUAUUGCUCCAGAAGUGGAUUGAGUCAUGUUUCCACUGUUUUUCAUAUGUGUUUAUGUUGAAUUCAGCUGUUCAGACUCAUUUUUGUCUGCCUGUCCUUGCAGGUUGGUAGUGUGAACGAUACCAAAUCAAUUCCAAAACUGGGAAAAUUUCUGGGUGUACCUUCUAUAGAAAAAAAAAUCAAACCAAAUAAAAGCAGUGGCUUCUUGGAUCAGGAAAAGAAAUGCAGCUUAUUACUGAAUUACUAUAUUUUCUAUGGUGAGAAAACAAGGAGUAAUCAAAGUUAAUGGUAGAAACUUCCCAUCCAGUAAGGAGUCACAGCUGAAUACAGCAGCUGGACCAGGUGUACCUUCAAUGGAAAUGAAUCAUAAUUAUUUUAUUGUACUUAGUAAUAACCCAGCUAAGUAACAAAUUUAGCUGAAUGAUAAAUUACCCCAGUAAUUACUACAAUAAACGAUAAUAUUGUUUUGAGA